AUGGAUCGAGGAGAUAUCUCGCUUCAGGUCGUUUCGCACGCUUUUACCCCUGGAGGCCCGAGCCCACAGAACUGUCGAGAUGGGAAUGACGAGCUUGCUCCGGCCAUAACGAAAAGCAACAAGCCAGACCGCUUUGCUGCCUUUGCCGUCCUUCCUGUCUCGGAUGCGGCUGAGUCUGCUAGCGAGUUGGAAAGAUGUGUGGCGCGAUUGGGUUUCGUUGGGGCUUUAAUCGACAAUCAUGCUGACGGGAAACAUUUCGAUUCAGCUGAAUACGAUGUGCUGUGGGCCAAGGCAUGUGAGUUGGAUGUCCCUAUCUAUCUCCACCCGACUUGGCCCUCGGCACGCAUGGCUGAGGCGUUUGUCGGGGCAUAUCCGAUGCCAGUCACUGCCAGCCUCGGUGCGGCUGGUUGGGGAUGGCAUAGUGAUGUAGAUCUCCAUGUGCUGAAGCUAUUUGCUGCCGGGGUUUUUGACCGGUUUCCGAAGCUCAAGAUUAUCAUCGGUCAUAUGGGUGAGAUGUUACUGUUUAUGCUGGAGCGAUGUUCUGAUAUGAGCACUCGCUGGGGUGGUUGGGGUCCUCGUGAUCGCCCCUUGCAUCAAGUCUGGGAUGAGAAUAUCUGGAUCACUACCUCUGGGACAUGGAGCCUCGCACCGCUGAAUGCAUCUUGGAGAAUACAAAGAUUGAAAAGAUCAUGUAUAGCGUUGAUUUCCCCUUCGAGUCUAACGAGAAGGGACGCGAAUGGUUCGGCCAGCUCGAGGAAAGUGGCAUGCUGA